AUGCAGAUUGAAGUGUCGAUCAUGCUUGACGUUGGCAAGGCAUGGGUGGCGUGCAUAUGUUUGCUUGGUUCCGUGCUCGUCGACAUCGCAACCUCGACUUCAUGGGGCAUUUACGGUGCGAACAACGUUUACCGAAACGUCACUGGCAUUGAACCAGAGUCCAAACCGAACUAG